GCUCGCGCAAGAAGCGACAGAAAUGGCUGACGGAGCGGGUGCCUUCGGAUAUGGGCUCUGAUGCUGGCAGUGCCAUUAUUGUGAUAUAAAACUGCAUGCACACAAAGGAGACACAGUCAAGAGCCAUCAUGUCCAAAAGCAAGAGCUCUGAGUCGGUGAAGGUUGUGGUACGCUGUCGCCCUAUGAAUGACAAAGAGCGCACUGCCAGCUUUGAGAGGGUGGUCUCCAUGGAUGUGAAGCUAGGCCAGGUUGCAGUGCGUAACCCCAGAGGGGUAUCCUCUAAUGAGCACCCCAAAGUUUUCACUUUUGAUUCAGUCUACGACUGGACUUCAAAGCAGGUCGACCUUUAUGAUGAGACGUUCAGGCCAUUGGUGGACUCUGUUUUACUGGGCUUUAAUGGCACCAUCUUUGCUUAUGGGCAAACGGGCACAGGGAAGACAUACACUAUGGAAGGGGUGCGCAAUGACCCAGAGAGGAGAGGAGUCAUCCCCAACUCCUUUGAGCACAUUUUCACACACAUCUCUCGUUCACAGAACCAGCAGUACCUGGUCAGGGCAUCCUACCUGGAAAUCUACCAGGAGGAGAUCAGGGACCUUCUAUCUAAGGACCAGUCACACCGUUUGGAGCUGAAAGAGAGACCAGACACGGGUGUCUACGUCAAAGAUCUUUCUUCAUUUGUCACUAAAAGUGUUAAGGAGAUAGAGCAUGUUAUGAAUGUAGGCAAUCAGAAUCGUUCAGUUGGUGCCACCAACAUGAAUGAGCAUAGUUCCCGAUCGCAUGCCAUAUUUGUCAUUACUAUCGAGUGUAGUGAGCUGGGACCAGAUGGGGAGAACCACAUCCGGGUCGGAAAGCUCAACCUGGUUGACCUUGCAGGAAGUGAAAGGCAGACUAAAACGGGUUCCCAGGGUGAACGACUGAAGGAGGCCACUAAGAUUAAUCUCUCCCUCUCUGCUUUGGGGAAUGUUAUUUCUGCUCUGGUGGAUGGAAAAAGCACACACAUUCCAUACCGUGAUUCUAAACUGACACGACUGCUCCAGGACUCAUUGGGAGGAAAUGCACGCACAGUCAUGGUGGCCAACAUUGGUCCUGCCUCAUACAAUGUGGAGGAGACUCUCACUACACUGCGUUAUUCCAACCGUGCCAAGAACAUCAAGAACAAACCUCGCAUUAAUGAAGACCCCAAGGAUGCUCUCUUGCGCGAGUUCCAGGAGGAGAUUGCCCGUCUGAAGGAGCAGCUGGAGAAAAGAUCGGGGAAGAGGAAAAAGAAGAGGAGGAGGAAGAGGGUCGGAGAGGGUGGAGAGGAGCUGGAUGACGAUGUCGAGGAUGAGGAUGACUAUGAGGAUGGGUUGGACGGGGACAAGAACAUCGCAGAUUAUUGGCGUGAGCAGCAGGAAAAGCUGGAGAAGGAGAGGAGUGCCAUCAUGGAGGACCACAGCCUGGUGGCGGAGGAGAAGCAACGACUGCUCACGGAGAAAGAGAGGAAGAUGGACGACUUGCGGAGGGAAAAGGAGGCGUCUGAGAUGCUGGCAGCCAAAGUAAAGGCUAUGGAGAGCAAGCUGCUGGUUGGAGGCAAAAACAUAGUUGACCACACCAAUGAGCAGCAGAGAAUGUUGGAACAGAAGAGGCAGGAGAUCGCAGAACAGAAAAGGCGUGAGCGAGAGAUGCAGCAAGAGGUGGAGUGUCGUGAUGAAGAGACUCUUGAGCUGAAAGAAACAUACAGCUCUCUGCAGCAGGAAGUUGACAUCAAGACCAAGAAACUGAAAAAGCUCUUUGCCAAGCUCCAAGCGGUGAAGUCAGAGAUUCAUGAUCUCCAAGAGGACCAUAUCAGAGAGAGGCAAGAGCUGGAGCAGACCCAGAAUGAACUGACCAGAGAGCUCAAACUAAAGCAUCUGAUCAUUGAGAACUUCAUCCCGCUAGAGGAGAAGAAUAAGAUCGUCAUGAGGGCUACCUUUGAUGAGGAGGAUGACACCUGGAAGAUGAGACCAAUCACACGCAUUCAAGAUGAUCAGCAGAUGAUGACAAGACCGGUGUCUGCUGUGGGCUACCGGAGACCUCUGAGUCAGCACGCCCGCAUGGCCAUGAUGAUGCGGCCUGAUGCCAGAUACAGAGCUGAGAACAUCCUUAUGCUGGAGCUGGACUUGCCCACACGCACCACCAAAGAGUAUGAAGAGCCUGUGAUCGCUCCCAAGGUGGCGGCAGCCCUAGAGGAUGCCCUGAGGGAGGAAGAGGAGAUCCAGGUGGAUGCCUCGGGCCUUUAUGCCAGCAUGGCUCCUGGGCCAGGCCUGGACCCCUCUAGUGCCCCUGCCACUGGGGCCUUCGCCAAGAAGCCAAAGUCAGGUCGCCCCAAAACAGGCAAGAAGGUUUGCACCCCAACUUCAGGCCAGAGCCCCUCCAGCUCAGGAUCUCCCUUGUAUCCCCAGUCACGGGGGCUCGUGCCCAAAUGACCACCUCCCUGAACCCCACUCUGCAGUCCCUUCCACCUCCCACACACGCAUACGGACAAACCUCAGGAGUUAUGGGUUGUGGAGGCAGUGCCCUGGAUUACAAGUGGAAGGACAGUGUUAAUAAAACUUCUGUCCAGGUUGUUUCAGUGAGGUAGACCCACCACGCUGUCUUCCUCUCCUUGUAUGAAUCUGAUCUGAGACCAGUUCCGUUACUGUGGCAGACGUUAUUAGGACCAAUUUUCAUACUUGCACAUUUUUGCUUGCUAGGCUAAAAUGCUUAUGUUCAACAAGUGCAGAAUUAAAAUGGCAAACUGAAGCUUCGCUAAGUGAAAGGUGAGAGAUUGAGUUUUGCAGCUAUGUAGUCUUCGGGCGUCCAUGGAUGUCCCAUGCAGAGAAGAAGGGUUAUGUUUUAACUCAGUAAUUUCAGUGUGUAGUCUUACAAUUGACAUAUAGCAUCCCCGCGGUUAACAUGCAGUGGUACACAGAUCAGAUUCCAUGGCUAAGCUUCAUGUCUGAUCUGUGCACUCUGAAUAUGUUUGGGUGGGGGUGUAUGUGUUAAAAAAAAAAAAGUUCAGAACACAGUUGGUGCUGGCAUUACAACAGUACUGUUACAUCAUAUGGUGGGUAUGUAGAUGUGGGCUAUAUCUUUUUUUUUUUUUCUCCCAGAUGUAGAUUUAACAAAUUUAAAUUGAGUUGAGGAUUUUACUAGCUGGGGCCGAGCUGUGUGCUCGUUGCACUCAUCAUGUGCGCUGUAGUGUUAUUUAAUGGGCGCGAGAGCACAGGAUGUUGCAGGCUCCAUCCUCCUCCUGCCCCUCUACCCCCUCCUUCUUGCCCCCACAGGGUUGGGGCUGGGGGGCUGGGGGGCUGGGCCGGGCCUGUGUGUCACUCAGAGCUGGAACCAGUAGAUGCUGCUCUGCUUGGCUCACCUGCAUUGGAAGAAUGAGAGUGGGAAGCUUCAUAGGUCAACACACACUGAGACAUCAGGGUUCCAAGGUGCCUUACAUUCCUUUUUUAUGAAAAUUGAGAGAGGAUGGUAUUUUAUUUCACCUCCUUUUGGACACUGACCCUUGGAAUAUACUGAUUGUUGUAAAUUCUAAUCUGAACCCAAGCCUAAUGUACUGAGGUAGCAAAGUACAGUAAGGGCAGACCAUCACAAUUGUGAAAUAUCACUGUGCUUUCUUCAUUAAGAGCAUCCGUAGAUGGAGGGCCUGUCACCUUGGACAAACUGACAGUCUCAUAGACCUGUGUUUAAUAUGGAAGCCUGCCCUGUAAAAGUUCUGUUUUUGGAUGGUCCUUGCAUCCAUAGAAUACUCUCAGCAUAAAACAUUGGUACUUUUGAGAUUCACAAUAUUGGUCUAAUGCAGAGGUAUAUCUGAAUUUAUGGUUACUGUACAAAGAAAUUACAUAAAGGUUACAAAACGCUCAUAUUCUCUUCCCCCACCCUUUACCUUACCAAUAAGGGUAAAGCCAUUGCUUGCUGCUACUGUAGGGUUUUGAUUAACCCCUGUGACAUAGUAUACAAGUUAUAUAUAGAAAAAUACAUCAAUUUAUAAUACUGCUAACUGUCGAUGUUAAAAAAAAAAAAAAAAAAAGUCAAGACAAUUGUCAG